AAGUGCUUGGAGUAGGGUGCAAUACAAUCUGGUUUCUUCAGGUCCCUGCUCCCUGCAUCAUGGGGAAGAACAAAUUCCUUCAUGCAAGUCUUGUUCUCCUCCUCCUGGUCCUCCUGUCCACAGAUGCCUCAGUCUCUGGAAAACCGCAGUAUAUGGUGCUGGUGCCCUCCCUGCUCCACACCGAGACCCCUGAGAAUGGCUGCCUCCUUCUGAGCCACCUGAACGAGACAGUGACUGUCAGUGCUUCCCUGGAGUCCGUCAUGGGAAACCGAACGCUCUUCGCUGACCUCGUGGUGGACAAGGACUUAUUUCGCUGUGUCUCCUUCACUGUCCCAAGAUCUUCAUCUAAUGAGGAAGUAAUGUUCCUCACCAUCCGAGUGAAAGGACCAACCCAAGAUUUCAAGAGGAGAACCACUGUGCUGAUUAAAAACGAAGAGAGUCUGGUCUUUAUGCAGACUGACAAACCCGUCUACAAACCAAGUCAGACAGUGAAGUUUCGUAUUGUCUCAUUGGAUGAAAACUUUCACCCCCUGAAUGAGUUGUUUCCACUAGUAUACCUCGAGGACCCCAAAGGAAAUCGCAUCGCACAAUGGCAGAAUAUCAAGUUAAAGAAUGGGCUCGAGCAGUUGUCCUUCCCCCUGUCAUCAGAGCCUUUUCUGGGCUCCUACAAGGUGGUGGCAGAGAAGGAGUCAAAAACAAAAAUACAGCGUGACUUCACUGUGGAGGAAUCUGUGCUUCCCAAGUUUGAAGUUAAAGUAACAAUGCCCAGGAUAAUCACUAUCUUAGAAGAAGAGGUGAAUGUGUCAGUGUGUGGCCUAUACACAUAUGGAAAGCCAGUCCCAGGACAUCUGACUGUGACCAUUUGCAGAAAGUAUAGCAACCCUUCUGACUGCUUUAAGGAAGAGUCACAGGCUCUCUGUGAGAAAUUCAGUCAACAGCUAAACAGCAAUGGCUGCUUCUCUCAGCAAGUAAGAACUAAGGUCUUCCAGAUGAAGAGACAAGGGUAUGAAAUGAAACUUCGAGUAGAAGCCAAGAUACGAGAAGAAGGAACAGAGGUAGAAUUAACUGGAGAGGGAUCCAGUGAAAUCACAACAACCAUAACCAAGCUCUCAUUUGUGAAAGUGGAUUCAAACUUUAGACGAGGGAUCCCCUUCUUUGGUCAGGUACGCUUAGAGGAUUGGAAAGGUGUCCCCAUGCCAAAUGAACUCAUCUUCAUCCAAGCAAAUGAAGCCAACCAUCAAUCAAAUGCAACCACGGAUGAGCAUGGCCUGGUGCAGUUUUCCAUCAACACCGCCAAUGUGAUAGAGAACUUCCUCAAUGUCAGAGUCAAAUACAAGGAUCAAAGUCACUGUUAUGGCUACCAGUGGCUGAAACAAGAAAACCUAGAAGCACAUCACACUGCUAAUCAUGUAUUCUCCUUAAGCAAGAGCUUUGUCCACCUUGAGCCGGUAGCUGGUGAACUGCCCUGUGGCCAAACUCAGACCAUCCAGGCACAUUAUAUUCUGAGUGAACAGGCAGUUGGGGAGCUGAAGGAGCUGGCUUUCCAUUACCUGAUAAUGGCAAAGGGAGGCAUUGUCCGGAAUGGGACUCAUAAACUGCCUGUGGAGCGGGGAGACAUGAAAGGCCAUUUUUCUGUGUCAAUUCCUGUGAAGUCAGAUAUUGCUCCCAUUGCCCGCUUGCUCAUCUAUGCCAUUUUACCUGAUGGGGAAGUAGUUGGGGAUACUGCAACAUACAAGGUUGAAAACUGUCUGGUCAACAAGGUGGAUUUGAGCUUCAGCCCAGCACGAAGUCUUCCGGCCUCGCACGCCCACCUGAGAGUCGCAGCUUCCCCUGCGUCUCUCUGCGCCCUCCGCGCCGUGGACCAAAGCGUGCUGCUCCUGAAGCCCGAGGCUGAGCUCUCCGCGUCCUCGGUGUAUGACCUGCUACCAAUAAAGGACCUCUCUGGCUUCCCAGAGAGCUUGAAUGAAGAGGAGGAAGACAACAUCUGUGUCAAGCCACACAAUGUCUAUAUUAAUGGAAUCACGUAUUCCCCAGUACCAAAUACAAAUGAAAAAGAUAUGUAUAGCUUCCUACAGGACAUGAGCUUAAAGGCAUUCACUAACUCAAAGAUUCAUAAACCCAAAGUAUGUUUACAGCCUCGAAAGUAUGAAGUACAGGAAUCCCACAUGCGAUUAGCUCCAUCAGGAGUACGACUACACCAUGCUUUGUCACAUGAUACGGUAGAUCAUUCAGAGCCUCCCACAGAAACUGUGAGACACUACUUCCCUGAGACAUGGAUCUGGGACAUUGUGGCGGUGGACAAAUCAGGUGUGGCCGAAGUAGGAGUAAUUGUCCCUGAUACCAUCACUGAGUGGAAGGCGGGGGCCUUCUGCCUGUCUGAGGACACUGGACUUGGUCUCUCUCCAACUGCCUCUCUCCAAGCCUUCCAGCCGUUCUUUGUGGAGCUCACAAUGCCCUACUCUGUGAUCCGUGGAGAGGACUUCACACUCAAGGCCACUGUCAUAAACUACCUUCCCACAUGCAUCCGGGCCAGAGUGCAGCUGGAAGCCUCUUCUGCAUUCCUAACUGAUCCACUGGAGAAAAACCAAGAUUCUCAUUGCAUCUUUGGGAAUGGGCGGCAAACCGUGUCCUGGGCAAUAACGCCGAAGACAUUAGGGAAGGUGAACUUCACCGUGAGUGCAGAGGCAAUUGAGUCUCAAGAGCUGUGUGGGACUGAGAGGGCUGUGGUGCCUGAAUUUGGAAAGAAAGACACAAUCAUCAAGCACUUGUUGGUUGAACCUGAAGGACUAGAGAAGGAAGUGACGUUCAACUACCUGUUCUGUCCAUCAGAUGCUGAGGUGUCUGAAAAAUUGUCCCUGAAACUGCCACCAAAUGUGGUAGAAGGAUCUGCCCGAGCCUCUGUCUCAGUUUUGGGAGACAUAUUAGGCUCUGCCAUGCAGAACAUACAGAAUCUCCUCCGGAUGCCCUUUGGCUGUGGAGAGCAGAAUAUGGUUCUCUUUGCGCCUAAUAUCUAUGUUCUGGAUUAUCUGAAUAAAACACAGCAGCUGACUGAGGAGACCAAGUCCAAGGCCAUUAACUACCUCAACACUGGUUACCAGAGAGAGCUAAACUACAAGCACCACGAUGGCUCCUACAGCACCUUUGGGGAGCAACGUGGCAGGAGUCAGGGCAACACCUGGCUCACGGCCUUUGUACUGAAGACCUUCGCCCAGGCUCGAGCCUACAUCUUCAUCGACGAAGCACACAUUAAGAAAGCCCUCACCUGGCUCUCCCAGAAGCAGAAGGACAAUGGCUGCUUCAGGAGCUCUGGGUCACUGAUCAACAAUGCCAUUAAGGGUGGAGUAGAAGACGAAUUGACCCUUUCUGCCUAUAUCGCCAUUGCCCUUCUGGAGAUUCCUCUCUCAGUUGCACACCCCGUUGUCAGCAGUGCCCUGUUCUGCCUGGAGUCAGCCUGGAAACAAGCAAAGGACGGAGCCCAUGGCAGCCAUGUCUACACCAAGGCUUUGUUGGCUUACGCUUUUGCCCUGGCGGACAAGCAGGACAAGAAGGGAGAAGUACUCAAGUCACUUAAUGAAGAAGCUGUGAAGGAAGAUAAUUCUGUGCACUGGACACGACCUCAGAAACCCAGGGCACCAGUGGGGCUUCUUUACCAGCCCCAGGCUCCCUCUGCGGAGGUGGAGAUGACAUCCUAUGUGCUCCUGGCUUACCUCACGGCCCAGCCUGCCCCAUCCCCAGAUGACCUGACUACUGCAUCGCACAUCGUGAAGUGGAUCAUAAAGCAACAGAAUUCCCAGGGCGGGUUCUCCUCCACCCAGGACACAGUGGUGGCUCUUCAGGCCCUGUCCAGGUACGGAGCAGCCACUUUCGCCAGAACUGAGAAAACCGCACAGGUGGUCAUUAAGGAUUCGGAGAGCUUUUCCACAGAUUUCCAAGUGAGCAACACCAACCGCCUGUUGCUAAAGCAGGUCUCAUUGCCCAAGGUGCCUGGGGAGUAUACCAUCAGUGCAUCUGGAGACAGAUGUGUGUAUAUUCAGACAUCCUUGAAAUACAAUAUUUUCCCAAAGAAGGAGGUGUUCCCCUUUGCCUUGGAGGUGCAGACUCUGCCCCAAACUUGUGAUGGACCCAAAGCCCACACCAGCUUCCAGAUCACACUGCGUGUCAGUUACACAGGGAUCCGGCCUGUCUCCAACAUGGCGAUUGUUGAUGUGAAGAUGGUAUCGGGCUUCAUUCCCCUGAAACCAACAGUGAAGACGCUUGAAAAAACUAAACAUGUGAACCGGACAGAAGUUAGCACCAACCAUGUCCUGAUUUAUCUGGAUAAGGUAACAAAUCAGACACUGAGCUUGUCCUUCAACGUUCUACAAGACGUCCAAGUAAGAGAACUAAAACCAGCCAUAGUGAAAGUCUAUGAUUACUAUGAGACAGAUGAGUUCGCAGUUGCUGAGUACAAUGCUCCUUGCAGCAAAGAUCAAGGAAAUGCCUGAGGACCAUAUGGAUGAAAACUGCUUUGCUAGAAUCCCUAUUCCACACACUCAGGAUUCCAUAGAGAAAGCGUUUUUGUGUCUCCAGAGAUUGAUGAAUAAACCCCUUUUCUGAUCAGA